AGCGCGCCCCGCCUGCCUCCGGGAGGAGCCCGCAUCCGCACAGCCUGCGCUGGCCUGUCCUAUGCGAGGCGAGCUCGGCAGAGGCGCGGAGCGGAGUUCUUCCUCAGGUGCUUCCUGGUUGAUAGUUGGAGCCGUCAAGCAACAUGCCGGAACAGAGCAACGAUUACCGGGUGGCCGUGUUCGGGGCAGGUGGCGUCGGCAAGAGCUCCUUGGUGUUGAGGUUUGUGAAGGGCACGUUUCGGGAGAGCUACAUCCCGACUGUGGAAGACACCUACCGGCAGGUCAUCAGCUGCGACAAGAGCAUCUGCACGCUGCAGAUCACUGACACCACGGGCAGCCACCAGUUCCCCGCCAUGCAGCGGCUGUCCAUCUCCAAAGGGCACGCCUUCAUCCUGGUCUACUCUAUCACCAGCCGGCAGUCCCUGGAGGAGCUCAAACCCAUCUACGAACAAAUCUGCGAGAUCAAAGGGGACGUGGAGAGCAUCCCUAUCAUGCUGGUGGGCAACAAGUGUGACGAGAGCCCGAGCCGCGAGGUGGAGAGCAGUGAGGCCGAGGCCCUGGCCCGCAAGUGGAAGUGCGCCUUCAUGGAGACCUCAGCCAAGCUCAACCAUAACGUGAAGGAGCUCUUCCAGGAGCUGCUCAACCUGGAGAAGCGCAGGACCGUGAGCCUACAGAUCGACGGGAAAAAGAGCAAGCAGCAGAAGAGGAAAGAAAAGCUCAAGGGCAAAUGUGUGAUCAUGUGA